UUGAAUAAUUUAAAUGUUAUUGUUAGUCGGAACCUUAAGAUGAGAGCAAACCUUAUUUUUCUUGUCUGUAUUUCCCAUGCUGCCGCCGAGUGCUGUCUCGGGAGGACUGAACCUGGCGGGGAUACAUAUGUUUUCAAUUCUACUGCUCAGCUAGCAAACCUACCAGCCGACUGCUAUAGUGGAUGCUUGUAUCACAAGCGUGGAGACACAUCAGGCGAGCUUUUUUGUUUUGGUGAGGGUAAUGUUACUACUGAAUGCAGUGGCGAGGGACAGCUGGAAACUGUUCUGCUGUUCUCAGAUCCAGAUGGAGCCCAAAGUUAUCCCUGUGAUUUUUCUUAUGAUGGUGGCGUCUUUAGUUAUUUAAACAGUGCAGGAGCUGCAUAUCUAAAUGGAAAAGUCUAUUCCUGUACCUCAAAAUGGUGUUAUGCCAAUACUGGAAGAAAUGGUAGAUGGGAACAGAUUGCAUCAUUUCCCUUCUAUAUAGGAAAUUAUGCAAUGUCAUCUGUGGGAUCAUAUAUUUUUGUCACAUAUAAGAAUUCCAUUAUGCGGUAUGAGGGAAAUUCUUGGUCAAACUUGGACAAAAAUCUUACCACUUACAGAAUACGUCACUGUUCUGUUACAGUAAGUGAUACUGAACUGAUCCUUAUUGGUGGUAAUUUCAAUAAAAAUGUUAUUACAACAAGUGUAGAAAAGUAUGACGUAGAUGGAAAUUUGGUUGAAACUUUACCAAGUUUAGAAAACUACAGAGAAAGAAUUGGAUGUGCAUUAUUUGAGGAUUCAAUCUAUGUUGCUGGAGGAACCGUCCUAUAUGCGAACAGCUACGAUAGUUCUGAAAGUUAUUGGGAUGCAACUACUGAUGUGUUUGCAUACAGUUUGACCAACAAAGAAUGGCGACCAAUUAAUAAAUUAAACUGGGUAAGAUCUGGUUUAACCAUGGUGGUGCUAAAUGGAAAACUGACAGUGUUUGGAGGCAGACAGGAUGAAAGAACAACAAUAGAAGAAUAUGAUGGAGAGGAAUGGACACUUUUGGAUGCUGCAUUACCAAAGCAAUUCUUAAAUGGUGCAUCUGUUGUUGUUCCUUGUCCAUAAUUAAAUUUUUUGAUUUAAUUGGAUGAAAAUUAAAAUUUGCAAGAUUAAGGAACUGGAGAAGGCAUUGAUUUAAUCUAAUCUUCUUCGAUUUUUACAUUUAACAUAAUUAUGAUUGAUGUAAUAAUAAUUUCAAAAUAAAAUUGGUGAAAAAAAGA